UUUCGGCUCUAAAUCUUCGAGUAAACCGAGUGUGGUUCGGUUGGGACAUGGAGAGGUCGCGUUGCCUUGAUGCCUUGGAGCAAGCAGGCAAAACGUGCAAGGCCAUUUCAAGUUGUUGCAGCAGUGGCAUCGGCCAGAUCCUGUUCCCUGCUGAGACGAAUGAAUCUGUGCAUCUCUCCAAAGCAAAGCCAGUGGCAGCCGGCAGGUAUGCUGAAGAGCUCGAGGCACAGUGGUUCAAACAAGUCGCCCAGGGCCAAGGCCACGGCGGCCCUGGCCGUGACGAGACUGCAGAACCAGGAACUGGGACCGAGUCGGAGACCAAUCUGCCUGAAGACACCCACGAAGAGCCCGAGAACUCUGCCAGUGAUGAGAGUGACAGGCUGCCCGCCGAAUCCAUGGAGAAAUUGGACGUUGGACGUUCACUCUUGGAGCUUUUGAGGAGUGGGCCCUCCAAGCCAAGUGCGGCUGAGGGCACAUUGAGCACCGGGACUGGCAGUGUGGAUAGCUCAAGCGAGUCGCAGGAGCAACGGGACGAGCCAACUCUACAGGUGCCACUACUUCAGGGUGUGGCGGGAUUCAGCUCGGAGCUAUGGGAUUACUUGGUCCGCCCGUUGAUGGACAGCAGGCACUCCAAGGCCUUUGUUGGGCAUGAUGUCUUCCGUGGCUCCCCCAUUCCUGGCUCACGACCGCAGGUUUUGGUGGACCGAAGAAAGGACACUGACAUCAUGGCGAUGUUUAAGCCAUCUGGGUGGGCUACCUGCUCCACUCCUCAAUGGGAAGGCCUUGAAGGCAAUCUCAUUCGGCACGUGUGGUGCUACUACAAUGCUCCUACAGCAGCACCUUGUCAUCGAUUGGAUAAAGGAACUUCUGGGAUUGUGUUGGUGGCCACCAGCAAGAUUGCCUCCAAACACAUCUGCCAGCAAAUCCUGAACAAGACGCUGGUGAAACAAUAUGUGGGUCUCUGUCAUGGCCUCGUUACACCUGGGAUGGGUGUUUUCUCAGCACCACUGGCGCUGAGCAGAGCAGACAGGCCUUUGGGCGCAUGCUCUACUGAAGGUCGUGAAGCGGUGACUCGCUACCGGGUGCUCGGCUACUUUCGAGGAAGCUAUAGCAGCUAUAGUCUCGUGCAGGUGCAGAUUGAACACGGGCGGCAGCACCAGAUUCGCCUGCACAUGGCGUCUUUGGGACAUCCAAUUGUUGCCGACAGUCGCUACAAUCCAUACAAGGCAAAAGAUGAUGCUGAGAUUUGCCCGCGGCUCUUCCUCCAUGCGUGCUACCUGAGAUGUAGUCUCUUGCUCGUCGACUCGGAGGAACCAGAGCCCUUUACUGUGGCAUGCAAUUUGCCUGCAGAGCUGAGGCGUGUCCUCGUUUCCGAACUUGAACUGGACAGGAGCGGAAGUUCUCAACUGCCGCUGGAUGCACAGCAGCUGUGUGAUACACUUCUCUUUCCCGAAGACAAGCGCAUUUGCAGGAGGGUGCAGACUCGUGAAGACAUCGAAGAGCUGCAUGAAAGUCGAUUGGCUUUGCGGCGGAGAGAUGAAUUCAUGAAUCGCUUUGGCUUCAAUGCCAAGGAGCGUGCCGAGAUUCUGCGAAUCCUCAAUCAAUUGAAAACCAGCAAGGAGCGUAGUGCGGCUCUGCACCAGUUCCGGGUGCUGGGACAAAGGACACCAGACUUUAUCGUCGGACGAUUUGCCAAGUACGUAGAAGGCUUGCUCCGCUGGAACCAGAACCACAAGAGCGAAGAUGUGGAAGUGCGGGAGCUGUCCAACCAAACCACCCUUGGUCUACUCGAAGUCAAUUUGGAGGACCGAAGAUGCGGAGAGGCGUCGAUGGAAAACGAAAGGCCCGUCAUCGAAGCAGUCGAGUCCAGCUCGCAGGAGUGUGAACUGCUGCGAUGCCUCCGAACUCCGCCUGAAAAAGAGACCCCGGAGAACGAGACUCUGCGGGUCGAUGGACCGCUACAGAUCCUCACUGAGUCGGUCUGGUGUGAUGUGUGUGGCCUCACAGAGAAACAGAUCUCGGUGUGUACCGGGAGUUUGACAUUGAAGUGUCGCGAGCCAGGAAUUUUGGGCAAAAGGACGCCAUGCCAGCCCGUUAGGAGGAGGCGGUAUGUGAGAGAUGUAAGGAAGUGGACAGCAAAAGCAGGAGGCAGAGCACAGGUUACGGAGGAGGCCGAGCAGGAGUCAGAAGACGAUGAGUGCGAAGAGGUGGACGAGGAGGACGAAGAUGAUGAGGUGGACGAUGUGGAGGAUUCAGAGGCAGAGGAGGAGACCGUUGCUUCGUCCUCCGUGACCUCAAGGAGGUGGAUGAGCAGGUCAGCGCAAACGCGAUGUGUGACUCCCCUCGUGAUCAAGGCGGAAGGCGAGCCGCCUUCCAACGAGCGGCUGAAUCAGGUCGUGGACCUGGAGGAAAAGACGCGCGCUUUGGUCCAAGGACAUGGUGGGAGUGUGGAUGGAGUUUGGCUUGCUGGAAAGGUUGCGGCAGAGUUCAACCUGUAUGUUCGCGAGAACAGCAAGCGAAAUGAUGGCAGCCUGAAGAAGUGGUUGAUGUCCACACCAGGUCUUGUUGUGGAGAAUGCCAAGCAACAAAACAACUGGUCCGUCAGACUUGCCUAGGUUUUACUGGUUCCCUCGGGCACAGAUACCCGGCGGCGACGUGUUCUCUGAUGCGUCCGCAGCGAAUUUCCU